AUGUCGGCUUUGUUCGACACAAUCGAUCCGGAUCUGGAGCUCGAAGUCGUCAACGCCAAAAGUAUCGUGGGUGCCGACAUCGCGGGCAAGUACAUCCUCGAGGCUGCCGGGGAGUUCAUCGCUCGACCGAUCUGGGAACCCGGAUCCGUCAACGUACUGGAUUUCUCGCUCAGCCUCCUCAGAGCCUUUUCUGUCGGACAACGCGGAUCGGCAAUAGCGGUGAACGUGGGUUGCGGCCUGUUGGAGAAGAUGGCCACCUCUCUCUACCUGCCCUUCCACAACAAUUACGACACGUUCUUUCCGUUCGCGUACAAAGCUAUUCCACUGCUCGACACCGCCAAUGAGAACAUGAAGUCUAGCCGUGUUACCGAUAUUCUGAUGGCUUUGAAGAAGGAAAACUAUGAGAGGACGGAGCAAGAGAAGGCCCUGAUCAAGCACAUGUGCGACAUACUCGGCAGGUCUGACCAGUAUCAACAACACACAGAGUCAGGGUAUACCUGUACCUGGGAAGAUACCGACUCUGAUGCGGCCGAGGACACAGUCUCUGCCAAGGUCGAGUAUGUAUACGGCAGGGGUCGAUUCAGCGUCAUUCCGCCUGAGGAACUUGACCAGGCAGUUGAAACUAGCUCGAAGCUAUUUACCACAACACAGGAUUGGGAAUUGCCAGCUAUCGAACGGCUGCUCAAGAGCAUCUCCGAAGCCAUGAAGAUUGGCGCACCAACCUGGGUACAGACCAUUACGCUCGACAUGAUAGAGAUCAUGGUCAAGUCGGACUAUGUCUUCUUGCACAAGAACAUGCAGAUACUGGUCGGCUUCAUCUUUCCUGUUGCACCGGCGCUUGACGCUAUGGCUGACAAUCAUCAUUGUGAGCGAUUGACGACACUGUUCGAUGCGCUCAGCACCCACAACGGUGUACAAACCGUCCAGGAUCAUGAUACCAUCGAAGAUAUCCGCCGAAAGUUGGGUAGAGGCGUGCACAGUGCAGCGACACAGCCCAUAGGCGAUAUGCUCGAAGAGGAUGACCUCCUAGGUGCUAUCUCCCAGCUCGAGAUCGAUUGA